ACAUUAUUUUCAACCAUUGCAAUCGCAUCAGAUGCAACUUUAUACUCUGACGAUGUUGUUUAUAUGAUUUUCGCUCUAUCAGUGAUUGUAUUCAACUUCCUUAUAUGCAUUACAACUGUUCUCCAAUAUGAUAUUAGUCAAAAUCACAUUAUCAACAUGAUUAUUACAUUGAUUAUUGUUAGUUUGUUGGGAAUUGGUCAACUAAUUCACCUUAUAUUAAGAUACAAUAAAGUAGUUAGUCAUAUUUCUUUUUGA